AUGACUGGAACAACUCUCCCCCGCCGCCUCCUCCCCUUCCUCCUCCUCCUCCUCCUCCUCCUCUCGUCAUUCAGCUCCUGUGAAGCUGCAGGAACUUGCUACAAGGCCUCCAAGACUUUUUACGAUCAUUGCGGACGUCUCAACAUCACAGUAGGAUCUUGCGAGUCAAUGCAAGAUGCAGAAAACUCUCUAAGCUCGAUUGGAAAUCAUCCGUAUGCGUCAGAUGAUUGCUCUCACCGCUCCUUGUCGUUGUACUGCCAAAAGUUUGGCGCACAGAGCAGACCUGACAUCGGAUGCUCUCACAUCUGUCCUCUUACCCCCUCUCACAUGGAGGACGGCUGCCUCUCCGACGACGAUUGUCCAGGUUUCAGGAGCGGGUUUGAUGGGCAUGGGAUGAGGAUAUGCUGCGACACGCUGAGAGAAGUUCUCUUGAGCCUCUGCGAGUUGUCAGCCGAGCAAGUGAAUGCCAUGGAUGUUUCAGCUCACUGCUUCGCUACCGGAUGCUGGGAAGGACGAGGGGACGAGGUCCCGAUGAGCAGAAGAUCAUCCAAGCGAUCCAAGAGCAAGAGUUCCAAAGGAAAAAAGGGGCCAAGCGAUCUACCUGCCUUGACUCCCAAGACCGCGAGAGCGGUCGCGACUUUGAUCACGAUCACGACGGUUGUAGCUAUCGCUAGUGUUACCAUCACCACGGCUGUCGACCUUCUUUCCCUGGCUCCGAGCUCUCCCUCAGCUGAAACCAUUGGCUCCAAGCCGACAGCCGAAGGAGCUUCCUACGUUGUACCCCUCAUCCUGCAAACGCAGUUCCUCGCUCUCAUCGGACUGCACAGUGACAGAAUAAUGAGUGGGUGGGGCGGGGCCUUUUGGGACGAACCCCUCGCAAUACUCUCAAGCGAUCUCCAAUGGUUAAACUAUAGGUUCACGGCUGUCUUCGAACAGAGUACCUCUGUCACACAUGACCGCAGGCUUCUCGAUACAUUGCUCUGGUGCGUACUCAUAUUGAUGCUCGUGAGCCUCUUGCGUCUGAUGUCCAACAAGCUCAUGAAGCAUCGGAUGGCGAGAAGCAUGCAAGGACAGGAAGGGCACGUCAGGAUGACUCCGUUCCCUAAGUGGGAGCUUGCUGUCUGCGUCACGCAAGUUCAAGGCCUGUCUAUUGUCUGCUCCAGCGGGAUGUGGUAUGGAAAUUUGACUGACUUGUUGCUCGGUAUCUUGAUCUACAUGGUCGUGUUUGCGGGAUGGCUGAUAUUGGUGUGGUUGGCGAGGCUUGGAGCGAGAGGAAAGGUCACAUGGGAAAGUGUCUCACUGCAGGAGGCCGUCAACAAGUGGAAAGAGGACACAAAGAGUCUUGCCAGGGACAAGAGAACAACAUUAAGAGUCUUUACUGUUCCUGUCAUACUCGGAAGGUGGCUCGUACAUCCCCGAGACUGCGCAACCCACGAAGAAUCUUGGCUGUACAUGAAUCGCUUCGGCAUUCUGAUACAGGCAUUGAAGCAGAAGACUUGGUGGUACUACGUGUACUGCAUCUGGCUCAAGUUGUUUUAUCCCUGGUUGUUGAUGUUGCCAAUGGUCUUCUUGAUGGGCUUCACGAUCAUCGAACUUCUGCUGGUCCUUUUUUCCGUCCCUCAUAUUGAUCUGCGCGAAUGGAUAGCGCAGGUGUUGGCAGUGUCCGGCAACGUCGGCAUCACCUUGUCGUUGUUUCUCUACGAUCUUGAUUUCAUCAGCGAAGAGACUUUGCACGAGCACCUUAUGGCCUUGAUUCUUGUCUCUUUCGUUCCCCUGGCCUUCCUCAGCCUCUGCUCAGAAGCAAACCGCAUCGUCAUGACCAUCAAUCAGCUCAGAAAACCUUCGAGGGCUGUGGUGCCGGACAUCAACAACGACAGCAAGAGUGCUCGUUCCACCACGGUGGAGGUUCUGAAGCAGGGUUGGGAGAUCCAGCCUGUUGAGAGCGUGGAGGUACAAAACGGCAGCUGCGAUGGGAAAGAGGCAGAGGACGAGGGCACGCGAGAGGAUGUAGGAGGUUUCCUCCAAGGUUUGGUCACCAGCGCUCGGGAGUUGAUGCCCGUUGACUCAAAUGACUCUGAGACGAGCUUGCCGGAACCAGCGUGA